AUGGAGGCCAACAAUGGCCUUGCACCUCCUCCUCUUCAUCUCCCAGAUGGUGCCUGGACCCAGGGCCCCGUAUCCCUCGCCCGUGGCCGUUCUGCAAAGGACCCCAGCGCUCAGACAGCUACCUACACCGUUCAUUCUCUAGAAGAGUUCGAAACAGCUCUACGCGCAUACCUUGAUGACCCACCUCCCGAUCCCGAACAUGCGGAGGGCCAUUUUCAUUUUUGGCUCGGUGCGAGCUUCCUCGUGCACCCCCCGGUGCUGUCACCCCAGGAGCGAGUAGCUCUCGAAGCUCAUGCUCGUCGAGUUGAGCAGCAAGCAGCACAGCAACUCCAGGAGGAGGACCAGCAACAAGACCCAACAAACCAAUCGGCAUAUCCUCCUACAAGCCUGGACGCGCACUAUGCUGCUGCUGCUCAGGCACAUCGUGCCGCACAGAGAGCAAUAUACGCACAGAAUGCAAAGCUUGGCCCUCGACCCGAUGGACGUACUAUUGUAGCAAGAUCAGAGGCUUGUGGUCUGCCAUCGACCAAAAUCUCCAUGAGCAUCUUAGAGGCCCUUCAACCUACGGCCGAUCCCAAAGACCGUAUGCGGAAGCAAAGAGCAAUAGCGAAGGCCUGUAUUGAAGCCAUUCAGCGGGUAGAUGGCUAUCGGUACAGUUUCCACAACAAUUGGAACAGCAGAGAGGACGACGCUUUCAGGUUUAGUUAUUACUGUAACGAUUCCCUGUUGAACAAAGAUCGGGCCGCCAAUGGCAAAGGUCAGAAAGUUGGUAAGAGGGCCACAAAGCCCGUGUAUGACUGCCGAGGUGUGCUUGCUGUCAAAUUCUCGUCCGUGAAGCAGAGCUUGGAAGUCCACUAUAAGCACAUUCCGAAGCAUAAGACGUAUGAAGAGCGUGCCCCGCCACCCCGACGAGAUUCCAAAAGAAGGAAGCGAUUGGAGGCAGACGAUCCAGACGCUGUACCUCAAAAGAAGCCGCGUCCGCCGCCUAAGGAGAAAGAUCUCAGCGCCCUGCCGAAGAAGAAGAAGGACAAGGCAAAUAAAGAACAGCCUGCAGACUCCAUUGAAAGCUCUCUUAGGGCACAAAGUCUACAAUCCUUGCUUGAGCUCAUACGAGUUGACGGGCCCACCGGCAGUGGAACCAAUGGUGACACUGCUCCAGCUGUUGAUGCUGGGAUACAAAUUUUCCAGGCCACCCAAGCGAGUCCUUCCGGUACUCCAGAUACUUCGCACCCUGCCAAGAGGCGACCGAGACUUGCCUGUGAUCAGUGUAGGUCGAAGCGAACAGCAUGUGAUCAUGCUCGACCAACUUGCAAGUCUUGCAACACUCGAAGUCUUCAAUGUGUCUACAACGAUAUGGCAGACAAAGCCUCUCGACAGUCUCUACCUGCAACUGGACAGUUGGCUCAGGCACCCAGCAACAACAUAUCAACUCCAAACACAACAUCAGCACCACCCGUCGUGCAGAAAGCUGCUGGCCCAACGCCAUCGGAUGACUUGAUUUUGCAGAAGAUGAAAGCUGACUUGGAAGCUGCUCAAUUGCGUAUUGCUCAGUUGGAAGCCGAAAAGAACACGAGUCCAACCGUGUCGACCCGCACCGUGACGCCGAAUACUAUGAAUAAUAUCACUCCACAGCCCCGGCACCGCGAAGUACUUCAUCAGCAAUAUCAGCAGAUGCAGCAGAAUAAUAUGCACCCUCGCCACGACUAUCCUCGCCAGCCGGUGCAGCCACAGGGGCAAGCGCAACAAGCUCCAGCCCAACCUUCACCGCAGCAACAUCAACAUCAAACGCACCACAUGCAGGCCUCACAGCAGACGCAGUGGCCCGCACCUACAUGGAACUCAUACCAGUAUCCGCAGACGUCGCUGCAGGCUCCGAGACAGGAUCAGUGGAACAGUCGAACUAAUACUGGCAACCUGUUCCGCCAAUAG